AUGGCGUCACUCAUGCGUGCCGUUGCCUUGAUGGGCGCGUAUAACAUCACAGUCAUCGACGUGCCCAAACCGCUGAUUGUGAACGCAACAGACGCCAUUGUGCGCGUUGCGGCGUCGGCAAUCUGUGGUAGUGAUCUACACAACUACCACCGGGAUUUGGGCUCGCCUGAGGAUCCUCUGCGGAUCGGCCACGAGGCCAUUGGCUACAUCGAGGAAGUCGGCGACUCUGUUGAGACCCUACAGACUGGCGACUGGGUUGUCAUUCCCUUCGCGUUCGACGACGCCGAAUAUGCCCGCACCCCGUACGGGGACGACUCUCUGAUGCCUGUGCCCAUCAACAGCAGCGCCAAUGCCUCGACAAUCCACGACUACCUCUUCAUGUCGGACAUCCUCGCUACAGGCUGGACGGCAAUCGAUUUUGCCGGUCUGCGCCCCGGCGACACGGUUUCUGUUUUCGACGCAGGGCCCGUAGGCCAGAUGGCAGUGCUCUCUGCUGGUGUACCCGGCGCCUCAAAGAUCUAUGUCGCCGACCGCGUGCAGGAUCGGUUAGACCUGGCCGCCGCCCACGGCGCUAUCCCGAUCAACUUCGUGGAGGAGGAUCCGGUGGAGGCGCUACUCCGUCUCGAGCCGGGCGGCAUCACCCGCGUCGUCGACUGUGUGGGCUGGGAAGCCGACGACGCGCAGGGCAACGUCAACAGCAGCAUUGUUCUGCACCAAGUCGGGCAGGUAGUAGCACCGCACGGAGGCAUCGGCGGUGUAGUCGGAGUCUACGGGGCCGGGAACCAGACGCAGGCCGUGGACCUGAGGCCCCUCUUCAUGGGAGGCCUCUCGGUGCGUGGCGGCGUUUCUGCACCGUUGGACCUUGGUACCGAGAUGCUGAAUCUCAUCGCCGCCGACAAGGUGCACCCGAGCUCUAUUAUUACGACGCCUAUAGCCGUCGAUGACCUGCUCGUAUCGGAACUCUACUUCAGUCCGGACCCAUCCAUGGUCUACACCGACGGGAGCUACUACAUGACCCAUACCUCAGACACGCACAUCGAAAUGUCCAAAGCCAAGACACUCGAUGCCCUCGUGUUUGGAGAGACCAAGACUAUCUGGGAGGACACCAACGCCACCCGCAGUGCUCACAUGUGGGCCCCAGAGAUCCACCAUAUCGACGACACAUGGUAUAUGCUGUACUCGUCGUGCCACGCGAACGUAACGUGCUGCGACACCUGCAUGACGCGGAUUCUGAGAGGGUGCGAUGGCUCCAACCCAUAUGAUUGUGACUACGAAUUUUUGGCAGACCUGGUGCCUCCUCCUGGAAGACGUGGAGGCCCGGAGAAGAAUCUGACUUUUUCUAUCGACGGAACAUAUCUAGAAGUCCCAAAUCAUGGACGAUACCACGUUGUCAGUGCGAUGGAUGAGAAUAACAACCAGUCCAUCCAAAUCACCAAGUUGGACACAGAUUCGUGGACCGUCGAGGAGUGGAACAUCAUCUCGCAGCCUGAUCAACCUUGGGAACAGAACUUGACGAACUUCCAAGGGAACGUGACCGGCAUUCCAUUCGCACUGAACGAAGGACCACACCCAUUAUACUACAAAGGGCAAAUUUGGCUGACCUACUCGGGUUCUUUCUGCGGCACUCCAAACUAUGCCCUCGGACUGCUACAAUAUUUGGGCGGAGAUCCUCUGGACAGGUCCUCGUGGCUCAAGACUGGCCCCGUCCUCACACAGGCCAACGGAAACUUUGGAACCGGCCACAAUUGUUUUUUCUCAUCCCCGGAUGGCACGGAAAUAUGGAAUGCUUUCCACGCAACGACCAACCCGGCAGGCUCGUGUGGUGACGACAGGUUCACCAUGGCGCAGAAAAUUGAGUUCAAGGGGAACAACACCCCGAGCUUCGGUAUCCCUCAACCACUUAGCGAGAUGCUAGUACCCCCAAGUGGAGACUACGCGGUUUCGGAAAUCUGGGUCCCUUUCACUCUCUUCUGCGACAUUCUGUUGCCUAACAAGAUCCAGCGUCCCUCGAACGCCAUCGAGGUGUACCGAAAUCGUCUCUUCCAAGUCCUCCUGCACCUUGUCCGCAUUACGGUAAAAACGCUGUUUGAAACUAUCGAUCAAGUUCCUGAAUAUGGCUGUGUCAUGGCCUCACUGUAG